AUGGGGCACCUGGAAGCAUCGGCAGCUAUCGCAGGACUGGCCUCUCUCGUGCUCGUGCCUCUUGACAGGGGGGUGAUUGCUGUGAAUGCGCAGCUCCAGCUGUCCGUCCAACUCGAGCACGACGUCCUGGAGAAGCUUAGUUUGGCUUCUCUCUAUCGUGCUCAGUCGCAGCCUGUUUGUAGCAAGCGGCUGCAAAAUCGAUGGACUGCUGGAGAGGACCCUAGCGUGCCCCAAAGCCUCCUAGUCACAGACGGCUCCCUGUUGCCCUCGACGCAAGCCUAUCUCGCGGAUCACAUGGUUGGAGGAAGCAUCCUAGUUCCGGGUGUCGGCUACAUGGAGUUGAGCCUGGCUUGGGCUGAUGCGUCCUGUGAUGCCGGAGCCAAAUUUCGGGAGCGUUUGCGAUUGAAAGUGCGGGGACAACAAGGAGCCAAGAAGCGUUCCAAACGCACUGUGAGGGAAGCUCUCUGUGAGGCCAAAACUCUGAGUCGAGUGCUAAAAUUACAGGCUAUUUUGCGCGAGCACUUCACGAUCGCCAUUUUACCAACACCUUGCAGGAGGAGCUGCAUCUGGCGGUCUGUUUUUCGCGUGCAAGAGGCGCAUUACGGGACUGUUGUUCCUGAUCAGUUGACCUGGAGGAUAGACUUGUGUGGCAACUCAGAGCACCUCCACGACGGAAAAAAUCACUAUCGAGGUGCGCAACGCUAUAUCAAUCCCAGAUUAUUAACGCGCGAUCAUUAUGAACAACUUGUGCAAAGUGGUGUGACGCCUUAUGCCGCCAUAGGAUUGUGUGCGCGACUGCUUCAAUGUCUCCCGACAGAGUGCGCGUACACCGAUUUACUCGCGCCGGCUGCAGCGACUCCUGGCUGCGUCGCUGUCUCAAAUUGGACAGAUUGUUCUUGCUUUAUCGCCGGUCUUCCCGAUUUUGCUUGGCAAUCAAUCCCAGACAAGCUCAAUGCGGACAAGGAAAUCAUGGUUAUUUUAAGAGUCUAUAACAGCAAUGGAUUUCAAGUGAUACAAGUCGGUCUAGAUUACAACGGGUGGAUGAUUGAUUUCGGCGGUGCAGGGAUCCCAGGCGCAUUCCACAACCCAGCGUACCUCGCGAAUCCUCCGACGACAUCCUUUGCUAAAACUUGGUGCGUUACAUCAUACACCUUCAAGGAGUGUUGGACUCUGUAUAUCGGAGAAGACAUGGAGACGUCCGCCGCUAUCAUGGCCCCUGUUGGAAACAUCAUUUUCGCCUUAAUUCUCUUUGGCAUUGACCUUCUCACAUUUAUGACGCUUUUUCUUGUGACGGGAGGUAAUGCAAAGCAGUUUAUUACUGGCCUCAUCUUCGCCUUCGCUCCCUAUCGAAUUCUGGCCUUCGCUCCAUAUCGAAUUCUGCUAAGAGACGGUCUCUCGUGCGAGCAUUUCAGCGGCCGAUGGUGGAAUCUCCACCUUAGAGGGCCCCGCGCUCCUCGAAUAUGCAGCGACGUGCAACGAUCCCAGUGGCUUUGA